GGAAAUACAUCUUCACUGGCGCCAAAUCUCGAGAAUGGCAGAAAACACUUCAGACCAAUCCGCUGACACGAAGCAUGACAACACGUCUUCUCCUGGGAUUUCAGAUCAAGAGAAAGAAAUAGCUGCGAACGCGUUUGAAGCAUUUACGGCUGGAAACUACGACGAAUCCUUGAAACAUCUUGACAACCUUCAAGAGCUAAAUAAAGAAGAUUACAAAAUCGCCAUGAAUAAAGCUGUCGCGGAAUUUUAUAAAAGUGGGCAGACUACCACGGGCACAUUGAAGCAGACAUUGAUGACUUUGAAAAACCAGGUGCACACAGCUGUAGAAGAUAUUGACGGUCUGGACGACGUGGAAAACAGUAUACUUUACUACAAUCAAGCCAUUAUACACUACCACAUGCGGCAGUACUCUGAGGCCAUUUUAAUAGGAGAGAAGCUUAACCAGUUUUUGGAACCGUUUGAAGAGAAGUUUGCUCAGGCUGUCUGCUUCCUGCUGGUGGAUCUUUACCUCCUCACCUUCCAGCCCGAGAAAGCUCUUCACCUGCUUGCCAUGCUGGAGAAACUCACAGUGCAAGGCAACAACAAAAACGGCAAAGGAGAGGCCACAAACAAAGACACAGCCAAUCAGAAAGCGGAAUUCACUGCCAUGGUUGAGGCGGCUAAAUCCAAAAUUCAUCAGUAUAAAGUACGGGCCUACAUUCAGAUGAAGUCUCUCAAAGCCUGCAAAAGAGAAAUCAAGUCUGUUAUGAACACAGCUGGAAACUCAGCUCCGUCGCUGUUUCUCAAGAGUAAUUUUGAGUAUCUGAGGGGAAACUACCGGAAGGCCGUCAAACUCCUCAACAGCUCCAACAUGGCCGAGCACCCUGGAGCCCUAAAGACAGGUGAAUGCGUGCGCUGCAUGUUCUGGAAUAAUCUGGGCUGUAUCCAUUUCGCCAUGGGCAAACAUAACCUGGGAAUCUUCUACUUCAAAAAAGCCCUGCAGGAAAACGAUCACACGUGUGCCCAGCUAGGGGACAGCAGCAACGGCCAGUCUAAGAAGUUCACGGGCAUCCCUAUGUGUGCCCUGUUGGCUAAUAAACGCUAUGAGCUCCUGUAUAACUGCGGCAUCCAGCUGUUACACAUCGGGCGACCGCUGGCUGCCUUUGAGUGUCUUAUAGAGGCGGUGCAGGUAUAUCACUCAAACCCACGACUCUGGCUCCGCCUGGCAGAGUGCUGCAUCGCUGCCAACAAAGGGAGCUCGGAGCAGGAGACAAAGGGUUUGCCCAGUAAGAAAGGCAUCGUCCAGUCUAUCGUUGGCCAGGGUUACCAUCGUAAGAUUGUCCUGGCGUCACAGUACACACAGAAUACAGUCUACAGCGAGGGGCAGUCUGCGGCCAUUCCCGUGGCCAGUAUGGAAUUUGCUGCGAUCUGUCUGAGGAACGCUUUACUCCUGCUCCCUGAGCACCAGCAGCAUGAAGCCAAGCCUGAGAAUGGCUCCAAGAGCUCCAGCCAAUCAGGGAGCACCGAGAGCGGCAGCGAAAACAGUGACGCCUGCAGUGGGAAGGGACAAGAGGGAGACAAAUUCAUUCCCGCCGCCCCCUCGUCACCUCUCAGGAAACAGGAAGUGGAAAACUUGAGGUGCUCCAUUCUGGCCUGUAGUGCUUUUGUGGCCCUGGCCCUGGGGGACAACCUGAUGGCUUUGAACCACGCAGAGAAACUACUACACCAGACCAAGCUGUCAGGAUCCCUCAAGUUCCUGGGACACCUGUAUGCUGCAGAGGCUCUCAUCUCUCUGGACCGCAUAUCAGACGCCAUCACACACCUCAACCCUGAGAAUGUCACUGACGUCUCCCUCGGAGUGUCCACCAGCGAACCAGACCAAGGCUCAGAGAAAGGAGAUUUGGAGCCAGUAGAGUCAUCAGGGAAGCAGACCCCACUGUGUUACCCCAGCAGCGUAAACUCAGCGAGAGCCAUGAUGCUGUUUAACCUGGGCAGUGCCUACUGUCUGAGGAGCGAGUAUGAGAAGGCCCGCAAGUGCCUGCAUCAGGCUGCCUCCAUGGUCAACCCUAAAGAGAUCCCCCCAGAAGCCAUUCUCCUGGCUGUGUACCUGGAGCUGCAGAACGGAAACACACAGCUGGCCCUCCAGAUCAUCAAACGCAACCAGCUCCUCCCCUCUGUCAAGUCCUCCCCCUCUCCAGACCUCCGCAAAAAACCUCCUCCUUUCCCCUCAAAUCAGCCAGUACAACCUAUACAGAUGCCUUCAUCUCUCACACAAGUCCAGCGCAAGUGACCCACCGUUCCCUCACACACACACACACACACACACACGCUCGCACAACCUCAAGGACAUGUUUUUAAAACUCGCUUAUUAUUUAUGAGGCCCACAGACGGAUGAAUGGCUGGAUGGAUGGGGGGGGGGAGGAGGAGGAGGAGGAGAUGGAACCAAUAACAGGAGGACGGUGUGCUUCACGUGGGAUUGAGGAGCAGUGUUCUCCGUGUUCGAGACAUUUUUGCUUUUUGUUUCGUGGGCUAAGCAAACCGUUGAAACUCAGACAUCGUCC